AAGAGAGAGAGAGAGAGAACGAGAGUGAAGAGCUCACCUCUCUCUCUCCCCUCUCUCUCUCUUCUUUCUCUCUCUAGGAAUCUUAGAGAGAGGGAGAGAACCCUAGCGCCAUUAACGUAAGCUCGAAGACACGUUGAGCUCCAUUGAUCCCUUCCUUGUUCCCUCAUUCUCCCCCUCGUAGUAUUUGGAUCUCUCUCUCUCUUUCUCUCUCUCAUCUCGAAGUUGCAGAUCUUUGUGGAGGCUCAGAGAUGGUGGGAAGUUUCCUUACGAGAGGCCUCGUAUUGAUAUUCGGCUAUGCUUAUCCAGCAUAUGAAUGUUACAAAACUGUGGAGUUGAACAGGCCGGAGAUCGAACAGCUUAUCUUUUGGUGUCAGUAUUGGAUAUUAGUUGCUGCUGUGACUGUCCUGGAGAGGCUUGGGGAUGCUUUUGUUUCGUGGAUACCAAUGUAUAAUGAAGCAAAACUAGCACUCUUUGUUUAUCUGUGGUAUCCAAAGACAAAGCAGGGCACAAAAUAUAUCUACGAGACCUUCUUCCGUCCAUAUAUUGCGAAGCAUGAGAAUGAAAUUGAUCGUAGCUUACAAGAGCUAAGAGCAAGGGCAGGGGAUAUUGCUGUCUUCCAUUGGGAGAAAGUUGCUAGUUUUGUACAGACAACAACUUAUCAAAUCUUACAGUAUAUUGCUUCUCAAUCACCUUCUCAGUCAUCAAGAUCGCGUCCUGUUCAGCGGCAGCAACAACAGCAAACAAGCCGAACAUCUUCGGUGACUAAACAGCAACCAGUGGUCCCGCAACAGCCUUCGAACCCUAAGAUCCAUCGGCAACAAUCCACAAACACCAGCCCACCAGAGCGACCCAUCCAGGCGCAAGAGCCCACGAAGUCUGGCGCACCAACGCCUCCAGCUUCUCCCAAGCCACCUCCGGUCUCCACAGCACUCGCCACUGUACCUGGGGAGGGCGAAAUGCUAAAGAAUGUCGAUGUGGCCAACGGCAUUGAUAAAGAGGACCCAAUUCCGUCCCUACAAGAGACCCCUGUGGAGGACGCGAUCCGUGUGAUGCGUUCUAGAUUGAGAAAGCGAGUCGCUCCGUCGAGUGGUUAGUGAUGCAUUUUAACAGAACUGUUUCUUGGGGGAGGGUAGGGGAGAACUUUGCGUGAUUGGGUUGGAGGAGAUCAUUCUGAUCUGCCUCAUUGUAUGUAAAUAUAGGGAUUAUGUUGAUAACAUUUGAUGUGGUUAGACUUAGUUAAUUAGCUAGUUCUUUGAUGAUCAGUUUUCAGGUUGAAUAAUAGCUUAGUUUCUUCUUUAAAGAAGAUGGAAAUGUCCUGACCGCAACUUUCGUGCUAUUAAUAUGUGCAAUAUUGAAUAGUUGCUAUUGGAUUUCCCACGGGGCCGAGAGAAGUUAGAUGGGUUUCGUCUGAGCUGUAACGACGAGGAUGAGAAAGGAAAAGAUUAGGUUAAAAUUAGGUUUAAGGGCUUUCAUAAUUAGUAUUUUUGACCUUUUUGGUUGUUGGUAGUGUUGUGUCGAUAUCUCCGUCAGUUGCAGUACUUGCAGUAUGAUUUGAUUUGUUGAAGUUGCUUUACGAUGUCUAUCAUCGAGAA